AUGGCAGAUCUUUCCGCAAUAUUCCAUGCGUCUCUGGAUCCUGGCUCGAGGAAACAAGCUGAAAAGGCACUCGAGGAUUACUCCGCCCAACCAGGCUUUGCACUACAUUUAUUGAAACUUGCCUUAGAAGGAAGCCAAGAUCGCGCGGUACGCUUAGCGGCUAGUGUAUAUCUCAAAAAUAUUGCACGAAAACGAUGGGUUCAGGACCCUGAAGAUGACGUACAACCAAUUUCUAGUGGAGAUAAGGCGCAGUUACGGUCACAUCUAGUACCUGCCAUGAUUCAGCUCUCUCAACCUGGCGACAAAGCGUUGAGGGCCCAAAUCGCCGAGACAGUGUCUUUAGUUGCGGCAGCAGAUUUUCCAGAGGAGUGGUCUUCCCUCUUUGAUGCAAGAGCUUGUCAGUUCACUCUCACCCACGGAGCUAUACCAGACACUAGCUGUGCUAGAGACCGCACAUUCAAUUUGUGGGCCAUGGAGGUAUUUCGAGUUUUCGCAGGUGCACUGUUCGAAGGGCAGAAUGUUGGUACACUCGAGGUGCAAGGACAGAUAUCAUGGAGAUUACUCCAAUUAUAUUACGAUCUGACGGCCCAGGACUUGCCUCCUAUCUUUGAGGAUACUUUGACCGAAUUUUUCGCCCCCUCCUUGGGCUGGUUCCCCAAGUAUCUAAACUGGGCAUCCCCGGAGUUGGCUGGAGACCCCGAUGACACUACUCCAAGUCUACUCUCACAGAUCAAAACCACGGUCCUAGAAAUCGCAGAGCUCUUUACCCUUCGAUAUGGUGAAUUGUUCACGGAUACAUCUACCAUCGGUUCCUUUAUCGAAACUGUAUGGAAAAUCGUGUCCAGCGGAAACCACCCAGCUGUCGGUGAUGACCCUUUAAUCGCUCAAUGUAUGCGACUCCUCUCUUCAACCAUCAAAUCUGGACAAUAUAAGUCCAUAUAUGAUAAUAAAAACUCAUUAGAAGAGCUUAUACGAGGUAUUGUGGUGCCCAAUGUGCAGUUACGAGCCACCUCCGGCUCCGCAUCCUUCUCUUCAACGGGAGGUGGUGAUGGCACUACUCGUAGACAGGCAGCAGCGGAUGUAGUCAAAGCUUUAACCAGUAGUGGCUAUGAAGCCCAAGCAACCGAGAUUGUUUUGAAUUGGAUCCAAUUGGGUCUUCAGGAGUAUCAAAAGAAUCCGUCGGAAAACUGGAAAUAUAAGAGCUCGGCUAUAUAUUUAACCAGUGCAGUAGCUGCUCGUGGAACUACGUUACAGGAUCUUCAGAGUGCUAGUGGCUCUGUUCAUCCUAUUCUGCAAGUCGACGCGAUAAGGUUCAUAUAUACAUUCCGGAAUCAGUUGACGAAACCACAACUACUCUCAGUCCUUCCCUUAUUGGUUCAACACCUUGCUUCUUCAAACUAUGUCACAUGCACAUAUAGUGCCAUUGCAAUAGAGAGAAUACUCUUCAUGAAGCAGCCAAAUACAUCGCAACCUUUGUUCAACCCGGAUGAUGUCCAAUCAUUCGCGCAAGGGGCUCUCGAGGCGUUGUUAAGCAAAAUGGAAUCAGGAAAGUCAGCUGAGAAAAUAGCAGAAAAUGAUUACCUGAUGAAAUCUCCUAUCCAUGGGCCCAUUUUAUCCCGAAUUGUCUCUAUCCUCGGUGCAGAAGAUAUUGACCGUAAGCCUUAUUUCAUCCUAGAUCUCAAGGGUCUAAUACAUCUAUCAGAAUUUGUACCAUACGCAUACCAGAUCAUAUCCCAGCUACUAGAGCUAAACCAAGGGGCUGUCCCAGAAUUUUACAAAGGAGUACUCACCGGCAUCUUACAACCUCCUCCAUGGCAACAAAAAGGAAGUAUUCCUGGUCUCGUGCGAUUUAUUCGCGCGUAUCUGGAUAAGGAUGCAGCCGGUCUACUACAGUCAAAGCAGUUUGAGACAGUGCUGGGAGUAAUUCAACAACGACUGAUUCCCUCUAAACUCCAUGAUGGCUGGGCCUUUGAACUUCUGGAAGGGACAAUAUUGAAUACCAGACAAAAUAUGCAGCCAUAUCUACGAGACAUGGUGAUGAGUUUACUCAACCGUCUGAGGACAAGUCGCACGGACAAAUUCGUUGUUGGACUCAUUCGCUUCACGGCAUAUGUUUCUUCUUUGGAGAGCGGUGGCUAUACUCCAGACACGAUUCCUGAUGUUAUCAAUGGUAUCCAAGCUCAUGCCGAAGGUACCACCCCAAGAUAG